AUGCAGCCGGACGCCGAGAAGCAGGCGGUCCGUCCCCGACCCAGGGAAGAUGACAUCGACGUUGUGCAAACCCCCAUCGCUCCAGUUGAUCAAGAUGACGGCCCCAAGUUCAAAGAGCAUGCCGCCUUUGCGGAGCUGUCUCAAUCCAAACGUGGUCUGAAGCAACGACAUAUUCAGAUGAUUGCCCUUGCCGGUACAAUUGGCACGGGGCUUUUCCUGGCAACAGGCCAGGCUCUUUCAAGAGGCGGCCCGCUUGGCAUUCUUCUCUCAUACUCUAUCGUCGGGCUGCUCAUGUGUUGCGUCGUCAUAUCCGUGGCCGAACUGAGCGCCCUCGUGCCGCUUUCUGGCGGCAUCAUCCGCCACGCUGAAUGGUUCGUUGACCCGGCGCUCUCUUUCGCCCAGGGCUGGAACAGCGUGUAUUCAAAUUCCAUUCUACUGCCGGCGGAGAUGGUCGCUUGCGCUGUCAUCAUUGACUACUGGUCGCACAUCAAUCAUGCCGUGUGGAUUACGUCCCUCGGCGGCUUGCUCAUUCUGAGCAAUAUGCUCCUGAUCAGUAUAUAUGGUGAGAUGGAGUUCGUGUUUGCCAUUCUCAAGAUUAUUCUCAUUGUAGGGGUGAACAUCAUGAGCAUUUGCAUCGCGGCAGGAGCAGGGCCUUCGGGAGAAGCCAUCGGCUUCCGCUUCUGGCACACACCAGGGCCGUUCGUCCAGUACUUCCAGAUCGAAGGCGCUUGGGGCCGUUUCCUCGGUUUCUGGCGCGUCAUGGUCAGCGCUGCAUUCGCCUUCUCCAACGUCGAAAACAUCUCUGUGCCUGCGGCAGAGACUCAAAAUCCUCGCUACAACAUCCCCAAAGCAGCCAAGCGUGUUUUCUGGAGGAUUGCAAUUUUCUACGUCAUCACCAUCUUCUUCGUUGGCCUCAUUGUGUCGUCCAGCGAUAAAGCGUUGACGGCCCACUCAGGCGAUGCUGGAGCCUCCCCGUUUGCGAUUGCAGCAAAGAACGCCGGUAUCAAAUAUGUACCGUCCAUCAUCAAUGCGGUUGUCGUGACGAGCGCAUGGAGCGCGGGUAACUCUGCCAUGCUUGUGGCCACCAGGACCCUGUAUGGCCUCGCUUUGGAAGGCCACGCGCCUAAGAUACUAACUCGCACCAAUCGUUUCGGCAUUCCUUGGUUGGCUGUAGCCACUGUUGGAUCCGCUAUGGCGCUGGGAUACAUGACGCUCUCAUCGGCUGCCUCCGUCGUCUUCGACUGGCUCCAGAAUCUUGUCUCCGCCGGUUCCUUUGUGCACUGGAUCAACAUUGAGAUCGUGUACCUGCGGUUCUUCUACGGAUGCAAGAAGCAGAACAUUAGUCGCGACGAGCUUCCCUGGAAAGGACCAUUCCAGCCCUACGCUGCCUGGAUUGGCCUGCUGUCAUUCAGCCUCCUGUUGCUGACUGGAGGCUUCUCCGUCUUCAUCAAAGGACAUUGGAGCCCGCAGAGCUUUGUGUCCUCAUACUUCAACAUCCCACUCAUAUUCUUGCUAUAUUUCGGAUACAAGUUUGGCAAAAAGACGAAGCUGGUAUCUCUCGAUGAAAUGCCCAUCCGCGGUUUCAUUGACAUUGCAAAUGCGAACCCAGAGGACCCACCACCGCCCGCCAAAGGAUGGCGGAGGCUGAACAUUCUUUGGGGUUAA